AUGAACAAAAUUGUAUCAUCUCUGUUAGUUGCAUGCAUAGUGUUGGCUUGUUUCUCAUCAACAUCGGAUGCUCUCACUCAACAAAUAGAACCAAAGUCACAAGAAUGUUACUUUGAGUUUAUCGAGUCUGGAAAGACAUCUCUCAUCUUGUAUCAAGUUAUUAGAGGUGGUCUUUUAGAUAUUGAUUUUAGAUUAUUCGAUCCACGUGGCAAUACUUUAGUUUCACGUUUACACUUUGAUACAACCAUGAAGGGUAGACAAACAUUCACUGCAGCAGAAUCUGGUGCCUACAAAUUAUGUUUCAACAAUGAAAUGUCUAGAUUUACACCAAAGGUUGUUACUUUUACUUGGACACUUGAAGAUUCUGAUAAGGAUUUUGUCAAGAGUGAUACUUUAAAUCCAAUGGAACAAUCAAUUCACAAAAUCGAAAGAACUCUUCAAUCAAUCUCUGUCGAACAAAAGAAGUUGAGAUACAGAGAACAAACCAACAGAGAUACCUCUGAAAACACAAACGGACGUGUUAUUUGGUAUUCAAUCAUUCAAGUAUUUGUUUUAAUCUCCAUGGGUAUCGGUCAAAUUUGGUACCUUAGAAGAUGGUUUGACAACAAGACCUCUCAAAGAGUCUAA